AUGAGCAUUGAUAGGAGGAAAGCUGCUCUGUUUGGCGCAGCAGCAGCUGUUCGCCUCCUUCUUUUUACUGGCUUCCCAGGCCUUCCGGAUUUGUUGACUGCACGCGUCGAGAUCUCGACCCCGGUGACCAGCUUCAAAAGAUUACAAGAGGGCCUCUUCCUCUAUAACCACAAUGUCUCUCCUUACGAUGGCGGCGUGUACCACCAAGCCCCAUUGUUGCUCACUCUCUUCACCCUCCUUCCAGACUCCGCGACAUAUCCGAUUUUCACAUAUACAUUGUACAUCUUGGUGGAUCUUCUGAGCGCGCAUGCGCUCAUGAAGAUCGCAGAGUCAGGAGAAGCUGGGUCUUCAAAACUCUUCACAUCACCAAGAAAGGAUAAGAAGUGGAGUAGCUUUUCAAUUGCUGCUGCAUUUCUAUUCAAUCCUUUUACCAUUGCGACCUGUAUCGGGCGACCAACGAGUGUCUUUACUACCUGUGCUAUACUCUAUGCUAUUUCGAAAGCUGUGGUGGGGGCCUCUUUUACGUCGAUGCUCGCCUUGUCCUUCGCAGCUUACCUCUCCAUGUACCCAUUACUCCUUUUCCCGCCCCUCAUUCUCCUCUGCUACGAUCGACGACCGGCAAAGCGUACCGAGUCGCUUAUAAGUUUCAUUCUCGGAAAUGCAGCUGCUGUUGGUGGUUCCAUAUUGUCUCUACUGCAUAUGUCGUUCUUGAUCACUGGAUCGUGGGAAUUUCUGUCUUCUACGUAUGGCGUCCAGCUCCUGCUCCCCGACCUCACACCCAACGUUGGUUUGUGGUGGUACUUCUUUAUUGAAAUGUUUGAUUCUUUCCGAAAUUUCUUCCUUGGCGUCUUCUGGCUCCAUCUCUCCUCCUACGUAGGCGGCUUGACCAUUCGAUUGCGCCGUCAGCCCCUCUUCGUUCUCACAAUGCUUCUCGGGAUAUUCGCAAUCUUCAAGCCAUAUCCCUCGAUAUCAGACACCUCACUGUUUUUAGCAAUGCUACCAUUGUACCAGCACGUAUUUCCGUUGAUGCGGUACACAUUCGUGGAAUCUUCGAUCGUGUUAUACGCGACGUUGCUGGGUCCGGCCUUCUACUACCUAUGGAUUUAUGCUGGGAGUGGGAAUGCUAAUUUUUUCUAUGCCAUAACAUUGGUAUGGAGCUUGGGUUGGAGCUUGUUGUUGGCUGACGCAUUAUUUGCGGUGUUGAGGGACGAGUGGGAGGUGGAGAGGCCUGAGAUGAAGGGGAAAGAGAUACGACAGGUGUAA